AUGGCGGGUGUUGCCCUGCCCUACUCGGCAAGUGCCGUGAUACAUAGGUCUUGCAAUGACUAUUUCUUUAGGCCUUUGAAUAGCGUCAGACUAAUUUCUCAGCUGAAUUCUCAGCACCGCAACUGGCACCGGGCAUCGCGAAACAUGGAAAAGUCAUCGCUACCCAGAUUGCCCAACGAACUACUGGGAAUUGUGAUAGAAAAUGCCGACGGUCCGACGCGUGCCUCGCUUGCACGGACGUGCCAUGCCCUCAACGCCCUGGCGACCCCGUACCUAUACAGGUGGGCAGAUAUCAAACAAGGCAAGAGCAAUGAGUUCAUGCGCACUGUCUCAAAUAAAUAUGCCAGCUUAGUCCAUCAUGUCACGGUGGUGAUCGAUGAUCAGGAGACUUCUCCUUGUCGCAUUGUGCCGUGUCUAGACAAACUAGAGAGCCUACAGAGCCUCGAAUUGACCGGAGGCUACUGGAUGUGGGACGAUGAAGAUGAAGACGGCGAGGAAUGGGAUACUCUUGAAGAGAUUCUAUGGAAUUAUCUUGAAAGGGCAUCCUUAAAACAAACUGCAGAAUCCAGGGUCUCGGAGAACCUUCGGUCACUGACACUUGACCGGUGCGAAAACAACGGACAAGGCGCGUUUCUUCAUUACUCCCACGUCUUCAUCAUACCGCAACUUCAUCAUCUGACACUACGAGGCUUCAUGUUGGAGGAGGCCGACGGCGACUUCGAACCUCAGUUUGAAAGGCAGACGGAGCUCAAAUCUCUGCGGAUCGAGCGAUGCUUUGUGAGCUUUCCAGCUUUACGAUCGGCGCUACGUGCUCCGCGUGCGUUGCGAUACCUUAGCAUCGGCCAUGCGGAAUAUUACUCACACCAUGAGUUGCAAAACGUACAACCCAAUAAUGCGACCUUGGCUGACUUUAUGGACGCCUUGCUGUUGCAUCGCGAGUCAUUGGAGGAAAUUAGAGUUGUUGUUGAAGAUCACUAUGGCACUUCACAUGGUGAAUUUGGCCCGACGAUUAAUCAUCCGAGCUUCCACGCCUGUGCGAAGCAGUUUGCAGAACUGAAGCGCUGGGAAGGCUGUGACAGGCGCACGUUGGCAUAUUACCUGGGUGGGUUGUCAUAUGGUUCAUCAUCAUCAUCAGAGGAUGAUGAUGAUGACUGA